UCGAAUGGGCCAUGUGCGGCGUAACCAGCAUUGUUGAUAAGGGCAACGAAUGGAAGGUUAUUGGAGGAGCAAUGCCUGUACACUGUCUGCGCAGCGUUUUCGAUGUGAGUGCUGUUUGUAAUAUCCAGCGUCACCGGGAAAAGCUUUCCGUUUGUCUUAGAUGGAGGCUGUUGUUGGCUUUUCCAUUCGUAGAAUGCGCCCUCAAUAGCCGCUCCAUCUUGAGAUUUUCUCACACCCGCUACAACCGUGUAACCUCUCUUGGCCAUGUCCAAUGCCAUGUCCCGGCCGAUGCCUGAUAA